UUUUUAAUUUAUUUUUUUUGUAAUCAAUCAAAUAAGUUGCGAGAGAGAGUAAUUCUUCUCAUUGUUAGAGGUCAUUUGGUACAAUGGGGAUCCCAUGAUAUGCCAUGUCCCAUAUGAUCCGUUAUCCCAACUUUUAUGUUAUAGCUAAUCCCACAAUUUUAGCGUAAAAAUUAUUCCGGGAUUAACUAAUAUACCAAAACAAACAAAUCGGAUAAAGUUAAUCCCUUAUUCUUAUUCUAUGUGCCAAACGACCCCUUAGUGUAUAAAGUUAACUGAUCCAAUAAAAAGUGUGUAAAUUAAGGCUAACCCUUGGGUUGUUUCAUUUAAUAUCUUUUUAAAAUCUUCAUGUUCCAAGACAUGCACAGUGGACAAGAUGAUUCUUUGCUUUUUGAUACCCCUUUCCAUUUUGUAUAUUUUUAGCCAAUAUUUGCUUUGUGGAGGGAAAUUUUGAGAGAGGAAAAUGGAUACACAAAAUCUUGAGUGGCCAUUGAUUGUAGAAACUGAAAAAGAAGAGUGUAAGAAAAGGAGAAGAAGUGAUGAGAUUUUUGCAGAAGUGAAGAAGCUGUUGGUAUUAGCAGGGCCACUUAUGUCAGUCAAUUUUUCACUAUUUGCCUUACAAGUUAUAUCUGUAAUGUUUGUGGGACAUCUUGGAGAAUUAGCUCUUUCUGGUGCUUCUAUGGCUACUUCCUUUGCCUCUGUCACUGGUCUCAGCUUGUUGAUGGGAAUGGCAAAUGCAUUGGACACUUUAUGUGGGCAAUCAUAUGGUGCAAAGCAGUAUUAUAUACUUGGUAUCCAUAUGCAAAGGGCAAUGUUUGUUCUUCUACUGGUCAGUGUUCCACUUACCUUCAUUUGGGCUAAUGCAGAACACAUUCUUGUAUUAUUGGGACAAGAUCCGGAAAUAGCAGCCGAAGCAGGAUCUUAUGCGCGCUUUAUGAUUCCAACUAUCUUCGCGUACGGGCUUCUCCAGUGUCAAAUUAGAUUUCUACAAGCCCAAAACAUUGUGCUACCUAUGAUGCUCAGUACCGGAAUAACUACUUUGCUGCAUUUAUUCAGUUGUUGGAUUCUGGUAUUUAAAUCUGGCCUAGGCAACAAAGGUGCUGCUUUGGCUAACGCGAUAUCCUACUGGAUUAAUUUCUUGUUGUUAGCUGUAUAUGUCAGAAUAUCGCCUUCCUGCAAAAGCACUUGGACCGGAUUUUCAAACGAGGCAUUUCAAGAUACUUGGAAAUAUAUAAGACUUGCCAUUCCUUCAGCUGCUAUGUUCUGCUUAGAGAUUUGGUCUUACGAAAUAAUGGUUCUGUUGUCUGGACUUCUUCCAAAUCCAAAGCUAGAGACCUCAGUUCUUUCUAUCAGUCUUAAUACAUGUUGGAUGGUGUAUAUGAUACCUCUAGGACUAAGUGGUGCCACGAGCGUAAGAGUUUCGAAUGAACUAGGCGCUGGACGACCUCAAGCAGCUCGUUUAGCAGCUUGCACAGCAGUAUUCUUGGUGGCUACAGAAGGCACUAUUGCAGCAAUAAUUUUGAUUUCGGUUCGUAAACUGUGGGGCUAUUGUUAUAGCACUGAGGAAGAAGUAGUGGGAUAUGUAGCAAAAAUGCUAGUCUUGAUAGCAGGAUCCCAUUUUUUAGAUGGUAUUCAAUCUGUACUUUCAGGUAUUGCAAGAGGUUGUGGCUGGCAAAAUAUAGGGGCAGUUGUUAACUUGGGAGCUUAUUACCUUUUCGGAAUACCUGCUGGUGUUAUAUUAGCUUUUGUCUACCAUUUUGGUGGAAAGGGACUUUGGUCGGGAAUCACUCUUGCCGUCUUUGCACAAGCUCUACUUCUUUUAAUAGUUACUCUGCUGACAAAUUGGGAAAAAGAGGCAAAGAAGGCAGUUGAUAGGGUGACUUCAGAGCUAGCAUAGAAGAAAAUACAGAAUGAUAUUUGACAUGCAGAGAAAGAGUUAAUAUCCAAACAAUAUGGCAAGAUGCUCACAAGUUCAUCUAACUUUUCUUGGUAGAAUCCAUCACACUAGACACAAAUCUAAAAGAGUUCUCUUUUCCUUUUGAUAUUUGAAGCUUAUGUAAUUUUCUUGAAUUCAUUGUUCAAUAAUAUAAUCAACCAUACUUGUGUUCAAUGAUUUAUGUGUUAAGAACAUGAACAUGGUAUUAACUCAAUUUCAAAAAUAA